AUGCUUAACCCGUCCGAGAAAACCAUAGGCGCAAAGCCUUUCAAGGUCCCUCAAUUCACACUUACGGACUACACAUCAUUCUUCACCGCAGGGGCAUUAUGCGCAACUCUUACACACGGAGCUAUGACUCCUAUAGACGUCGUCAAGACUCGUAUACAAGUUGACCCAGCCCUAGCUCGUCAUUCCCUAUUAUCAGCAGGCCGCAAGAUCGUUGCUGCUGAAGGACCCUCUUCUCUUCUAACAGGCUUCGGUCCGACCGCAGUGGGGUACUUCAUCCAGGGGGGAGGCAAGUUCGCCGGAUACGAAUUUUGGAAGAAGAACUUUGUGUCUAUUGCUGGUGACCAGGAAACAGCUGUCAAGUAUCGGACGGCAAUUUAUCUUGGUGCAUCUAGUGUUGGAGAGUUCUUUGCAGACAUUCUCCUCACCCCUCUUGAAGCGACUCGGAUACGUCUCGUAUCCGAACGAGGUUUUGCAACUGGUCUCGUUUCCGGGUUCAUCCGCCUCGCUCGCGAAGGCGGUAUUGGUGAGAUGUACGCAGGAUUCCUCCCCAUCAUCUGCAAACAGAUACCAUACGCAAUCGGACAAUUCACCGUCAACGAGUUCUGUCACGAAGCAUACUUCCGCUCACUCUCCGAAGAGAAGAGGCGAAAGACGGAGAACUCUAAGGCCGCGAUGUUCGGAGUCAACCUCGGAAGUGGGAUAAUUGCCGGAUUUGCAGCAGCAAUCCUCAGUCAACCUGCAGAUACUCUUCUAAGCCAGAUCAACAAAGGACACGGUCCCUCCGGAUCAAUGGCAUCCCGUCUUAUCAGCCUCGCUCGCGCAGCCGGCUUCCGUGGUCUCUUCGCUGGCCUUGGACCAAGGAUGGUCAUGACUGCCGGACUCGUUGCUGGUCAAUUCUUGAUAUACGAUGAGAUAAAACACGCACUCGGUGCGCCUCCUGGCUUAGAAAUUCAUAAGAAGGCGGAGGGUUCGAGAUGA